GGUAAUUUGUAUUUGUACCAUAUGGUUCGUCACCGGUGAAUGGUGAUACCCCGAAACUUCGAACUCGUAAUUUACUGUUAACAGCGUUAACAGUUUAAUCUUAACUUUAUAGUUUGUUAUUCUUAAUAUUCUUAUUAAGCUCAAGACACGUCUGUAUAGAAGAAGUUUAUUUUUAUAGAUUUGAUUAUUUGUUUUAUUAACCGUGGUCGGCAUUAGCAUCCAUUGAUAUUGAUUAGAUUGAAAAGAUAAAUAAAUUUAGAGUUAUUUAACGGUUUUAUAAUAAUUACUAAAAAAAUAGGAAAAACAUGGUUCACGUCUCCAAGGGAACAUUAAUUACAUGUGAUCAGUCAAUGAAACAAUUUUUAUUACAAUUGGAUCAAACUAAUGCUCUUGGAAAAAAAUUCAUUCUACAAGAAUUGGAUGAAGAACAUUUAUUUGUUUCAACUGAUGUAUUGGACACAUUGGAAGAUCGUGUUGACGAAUUAAUGGACCAACUUACUUUCACUCAAAAUUAAAACUAUUUGAACAUUUAACUUUUAAA